AAUAAACAGUGCAGUGCGUCAGCUUUGGAGAGUAUCCUGAAACAUGCUGAACAAUCUGGGCCCUGUCGGGAUCAAAGAGAUGUGCGGAGAAGAUAUAAAAAGACACCAGGCCGACUUGAAGGUUCUCGAUCAACCUCGUCUCGGAGGCCUUUGCGACGGCGGUCUCUCAGGCAUCGGUGGCUCACUAAGCAAUAGCUCGAACGACGGCGACAAGCCUUCGAAGCAAAAAAGGCACAGAACGCGGUUUACGCCUGCUCAACUCAAUGAAUUAGAAAGAUGCUUUUCUAAAACCCACUACCCUGAUAUAUUCAUGAGAGAAGAAAUAGCCAUGAGGAUUGGUCUUACGGAAUCGCGGGUCCAGGUUUGGUUUCAAAACCGACGCGCCAAAUGGAAGAAAAGGAAGAAGACCACGAAUGUCUUUCGAACUCCUGGUGCUCUCCUACCUUCUCAUGGUCUUCCCCCUUUUGGUGCAAUGGGUGAUGGUCUCUGUGGGUCAAGCAUGUUUAGUACGUCGGAAUCAAGAUGGGGAGUUGCUGGUAUGGCAACGGGAUUGGGUCAGCUAAGCCAAAGUUCAAUGGGUGGGUUUGGACAGUCAUUAGGUCAACUAAACCAAAGUUCAGGACUUAGUCCUGCCCUACCAAUAAGUAGUUCUAGUACAGUAUACCAAGCCCACUACGGACUUAAUUCGUUAGGCGACAGUAUGAUGACAUACUGCAACAGCGGUGGCGGCGGAAGCGGCAGCGGAGGCACGGGUGGCUCACCCACCCCCCAGAUUCCAUGUUCGAAUGCCGCCACCCCGCCAGUGGCAGCAGGCGCCUCCCCUAACGGCGUUGGUACAGGCGGAGGGGAGGAGGACGACGUCUGGCGCGGUCAUAGCAUCGCGGCGCUCAGGCGUCGGGCGUCCGAACUCAACGCCAGCAUUCCGUCUUAUCUACAAAUCAACUACGACGCGCAUAACAACGCAUCUGUAUACUAACUUUUUAUCUUUUUUCUCUUUUGUGGUUCCUUUUUCUUUGUUCUCGUACGGGAGAGAAUGCCCGUGGAAAAGGAAUGUAUUGUGAGUCAAAGUGGUUCUGUUAAUUUUUUAUGUGUACUUAUAUUGAUUUGGUUAGUAUUUUAAAUUAUUAGGAAAAAUUUAAACACAUAUUACAGGGUGUAUCAGUACAGCUAUAGUCAAUGGAAUCAUUUGCGUCCAUUAGGAGUUUUUGAAAUAUUAAAAAGUUCCUGUUUUUCUGUUUUUUAAGGUGAUUUCUUUUAUUUAAAACAAAAAACCGCAUUCACCGGAAGGAUAUUAGCGACAUGACGAUUAGACUAUAUUUAAAUGCAAUUAACAGUACUUCCAUUAUUAAAUUUUAUACAACAUAUUUACAGUUGAGUCCAUUGUUCUUUACCCGUGCGUCAUUAAUUAAAGCAUACGAAAUAAGUCGAAAAUUUACUCCAUGCAUCAGCAAGUGACAGAAACUGCUCCGAUCAUGGAUUAUAUUAUAAGAUUUGACGUUAUCAAAUAUAUAGAACGAAAUUGUCCCCCAUUCCUUUUUUCGAAUUCAAAAUAUUCAAUUAAAUGCAAAACGAGUUCUUGUGCUUGUAAUGUAAUAUUUUUCCAGGCAUAAUCUAAAAAAAUUCAAUAAUAUAUUUUCGUUUUGUCAUAUUUUUCACUUUUCCGGAAACCUAAACAAAACAAUUCUUUAACUGUGCGAAUGAACUUUGUAUGUAAAUUAAUAGCAAAAUAAAAUACACUUAACAUGAAAUUUUAAACUAUAAUUUAAAAUUAGUUGUGAAAGCAACUGUUUGGGUAAUAUAAUUAACUUCCAAGUGCAAAAAUGGACAAAAAUUUAACAAACUGACAGCUACAAGUAAACAAAGCAGAAACGUUACAAAUUGUACUUUUAAAAUCCGACACCGUUCCCAAUCGUCUUUUUUGUUAAUACCUAUCUCUUUCGAUGUACUGAGUCUAGAGCGUUCAUAAAAAUAACAUGUGUCUUUAGUUAAUAACAGCUGGUUUGUUUUUAGUUUCAUGCGUGGAAGACAAUGAUGUUAGAUAAAAAGUAUGUGUUUUAUUUCGCCAGAUAUUAAUGGCGCAAGGGUAAAGAACCAUGGACUUUAACUGUAUACCAGAUAGAUACCCUAUAAAAAUUAUGUGUAGCCAAGUACCGCUUGCAAACUCUUCGGGAUGACAAUUGGUCCUUUUACCCUAU